UGAUAAUCACAUUACCAUUACCAUUAUUUUUAUUAUUGUUACAAGUUUAUAUCAAGAUACAGAAUAUUCCCAAUCGCUUAUAAUAGCGAAAACGUUAGUAUUUUUUAUUCUAUUCAAGGUUAUCGGACUGAAUUCAGUCUUACCCAAGUUUACACUUUUUUCAUCUUCAUCAGAAACUAGAUGAAGUAUGAUCAUUAUUGCGUUGUAUAUCUUGUUAACUGAAUGAUGUUCAAUAAAAGUUGAAUGAAUCGAUGCGUAAACCUGUUAAAAAGUCACGGUUAUUAUGUUUUGUAUCAAAAAGAGUAAAUCAAAAUAAACAUAAAAAACAGGCAAAACAAUCAAAUAACUAAAAGGUUAAAACAGAUGAUAAGGUGAGUUUAACCUCAAGUUUACCCAUUGAUCAGUUAAAUUACCAAUAACUAUAAUCGUAACUAUAAUGAAAUGAACAAAAAACACUUAAACUGUUAAUAAAAGUGAAAACAUGAUCAUUUGGGAAGCGAAAGUAAACUUCCUCAAGUAAUUACCAAUUUGUUGUAGACAUUUCAAGCUGUUAAAUGCAAGAUUAUUCAAUACAAAUGAUAUUUACCGCAAUUCAAAUCAGAGUUGAGUUCAAUAAUAGAUUAUGAAUAAUAAAGUGGAUAAAUUAUUGAAAAUAGAUUGGUUUGGAUCAAGACAUUUCAAAAAUAUCAGAUAGUUAUGGUUAAAUUGCAGCUAAAAUAAGAAUGAUUAAAGUGGACCUUUUCUGGAAAAACAUUGUAAAUGUUUGAUAAUUUUGUUGAUUUCAACGACAAUUAUGUAUUUCAUUUUGAUAUACUAAACACAAUUGGAGUGAAAAAAGAUGACAAUUUAUUCUAAUAACAUCUAAUUUGUAUUCUGUUAACCUCAAUAACGAUCCGAUAGUUUCUUUUUAAUUAUUAAAGCUUCUCUUUUUGGAUCAUAUCAAUUAAAAAGAAAAAGAUGAUUGCGGUUGAUUGGUUUACUUUGAUUAUUGUCUUUCUUCUGAUUGUAUUUAAACAUGAACAAACAAUUUACUUUUACUUAUCAUUCACCAACACAAAUUAUAGCAAAACAUUUCGACUUAAUGUUGCAUAUUCAAAUUUUUUGUCACAUUUCCAUAUCAGUUUAUCCUUUUCUCACAGCUAAGCUAAAAUAAGAUACAUUAGACCACAAAUUAGGUUGCUUCACGCAACUUAUCAUUCAAAUGAACUACUUUCUCAAAUAAACUCAUUAUUCUGUCCUUUUAAUUAAUACAUUUUUCUAGAUCCUCAGAAAAUUUGCUCAAGAAUAUUCAAAAACAAUCAAUCAUAAUCUUUUCUUUUCGUUUUUUGUUCACUCAUAGGAUGAGGUAAAUUGAUGGGAAUCAGUUUACCAUUCAUUUGGUUAAAAAAGGCGUCCAAAUGAUAAACUGGAAUAAUUGCGAGAAAAAAUUGGAUUGAAUUGUCAACGGAUUGCUCGAAGGGUUAAUAUCCGUAUUUACCCAUUCGUUUCUUAUGGGUCGUAAGCGUGAAACAGGCAGUUGUUUUGAAGCCAAUUUGAUUUACUCGCUAUUUUGUGUGAUAACCAUGUUGAAUAGUGUUGUCAAUUGUCAAUUAAUUAAGGAGAUCAACCGUGAUUAUCAUGGAGAUAUUUUCAUUCUCUCAAGUGAUUUCGUCUCUUGCGAUCCAUCUUUGUGUACUGAAGAUCAAAGAUUUGCAGCUCCAGUUAGUGGUCAUCCGUGUAAAUGCCAAUGCGAUCCAUCGAAACAAGUUUUUCGUGAAGACAUUCAACAAUGUGUUAGAGAUUUAGACGACUGUCCAUUGGUUACUUUCACCAGAACUUAUAUAUCCGAAACAAUACCAGUGGUCUCAUUGCCAACUGCAGGACAAUUGGUCCAUCCAGGAGCCCACCUAAAUUUAGAAAAUCGCAAUAACAUAGUUAACCAAACAUGUCGAGUAGAAAGUGAUAUGGUAAUGACUAGUGACGGUUGGAUCCCGAUUGACAAUAGACCAGUAUUUGCACUGAUUAUGGAAGGAAGCCGAUCAUUUUUACAAUGGAUUGGUAAUGACCAUAAUAGGCGACAGUUGGAGCAAAAGCUAGUGUUGAUUCGCUUCAAUUGUCAACUCAAACCGCGCCAUGGAUCGCUUGAAAUAGCUCCUUAUCGCCCUUGUGCUGCAGUCAGAAUUGGAUGGGUUCCUGGUUCAAGUCUUAGCUUACUUAAUAAUCAAAUAGGAGGCUAUGAUGGUUCAACAGGAUCUGCAAAUCAAAAUAAAGGUACAUCAGGCUAUCUGAUUAUCGGCUUAUCCAUAGGCAUUUUAGGGUUAACAUAUGUUCUUUCUUUGAUGAUUUACCUGAGAUCUAAGAGGGUAGAUAGAGUAAAACAUCACCAUAAUCACCAAAUUCAACAUAACCCUUACAAUUCACCACAAGCCAAGCAAAGUUUGAAUCGUCAUGGCUCAUCUUACUAUGGAGAUUCGUCUUCCAACCAAACAGUGAGUUCAUCUUUGGACCGCAGUAAAAACCAUAAAUCAGAAAUAAUCUCUCCUGGAGGAACAGUUGAUAAAAAAGAGAGUUUCACUUUGUCAAUGGGUGAAAGUUGCGACGAAAACGACGAUUUUAACCCUUCCAUUAUUUCCGUAAAGUCAAACAAAAGUGAAAGCAUUAACAUAAACAAUAGCUGUUCAAAACAAGAUGUCGCCUCUUUCAAUCCUUUUAAUCAACAUCGCCUUCCUAUGUCGUCAUUGACCCCUAUGUCAACUUGUUUCCCCUCAUCAGUGCCAUCACCAGUCUCACACUCUGUGUCAUCAUCAACCUCAACAACCAUCACAACUUCAACUUCAACAUCAGCUGCAUUGUUGCCUAACUCACCUUCAGUUUCUUCAACUUCAUCUCUCCAUACUUCUUCCCCAUCACCACCCUCACCCUCAUCAUCUCUUUUGCUAUCUCAAUCCUUGUCAUCAUCUCAUAAUCAACAUACUCAAUCUUCAUUAACUUCUUUACAGACUCGGGUGAAUGAAAAAUCUUCUCAAUUUAAUGUACAAACUACAUCACAACCAGGUUUAUCAUGUCGCAAGCCAACUCGGUUAUCCAAACGAGAUCUCGCAAUUGCUCCGAAAUUGUUGGAUCCAGAAGCUUUAUCUUCACCUUCACCAACAGCGAUUGAAUUUUUAUCCCGACUGAGAGAGGUGAUAACUUCAGCUCGAGGCCGAAUGAGAGCAUUUCGUUUCAAACCUACUCUCCUAGUCAUUCCAGAAGAUGAUUACUUUAUUGAAGAACCAGAAUCUAGAUAUAAAUCAAUUUCAUCAUCAAUCGAUUCAAUGAAUACAAGUUCCUUGGAAAGCUAUGGAGAAAUAAACAGAACUGAUUUCCAAAAAUAUUUGAUAGUUGGAGAAACCUUAUCAUUGUAUCCUUAUGGUCAUGACAAUUUUCAUAGCUAUUCUCGCAGUCAACAUUUACAACCAUUAUCUUUGCCAGCUGAGCUUUCCCGACACCUGACUGACAAAUUAAAAUCAUGGAAGCUAACAGAUAACCAAUCCUCACUAAGCCCUAAUCUAAGCCCUAUUAGUGAUGGCAAUCUAGGCUCUUCAUCAUCAUCAUCUAAUGAUAUCUCUGACCCAGAAGUACCUCAAUCACCACAUCGAUCUCAGUAUCAUGAAAAACUCCAAUCAAAUUCCAGUGCAUCACCAACCUACAGGUCUUGUGAAGACUCCGCUUCAGUUGCCUGGAAUAAUGACAAUACAUCAAGAGUAUCACGAAGAGAAAUAGUUGAUCGCUUAGCAGAGGAAAUAGCUACUAAUGAUAGUUGCGAAGCCAAUAAUAACGCUGAAAACGAUGAUCACGACAACAAUGAAGCAGAUUCACUGAAUGAUUUGUCUGAUAUUAACGAGAAUUUGUUUGAAACGAAUCGGAGCCUUGGAAAUAUGUAUGAUAAUAUUACUUCAGAAAAUUUAGUUAAUCUAUCAAAUGAAGUUGAGAAGAAACUUGCUCAAAGAAGUAUUGUUCCUUUGCCCGAGGUCGUAACCAAUGUAAAUGAAGGUAACAAGAUGAAAAUUGCUGAUGGAAUUAAAUCAAGCUCUCAACAUCAUUCUCGAGAAGACUCUAAAUUGAGUCAAUUAGUUGCUGAUUUAAAACAUUUUACUCGUAAACGAAAACAAAUUAAAACGAGUAAAUCUUUACCGGUGGUUAGUGAUAACAAUUGGAUGUUACAACCAGUUUCUUCCAUGUCAUUGAGGUUAUCUUCAUCAAGAUCAUCCAGACCUUCCAUUUCUUCAGGUCAACCCGGAAAUCGCUCAAUGAGAAACAAUAGCAAUUUCACCAAUAAUGGAAUAAGCCGGUUGAAUAAGAACCAGACUAAGUUUACUGCUAAUAAUAAGUCAGAGGAAAUGUCCCAAGUAAUCAUUCAGGAAGGUCGUUACCUAAACCUAAACAAUCAUUCACCAGUUUCCGAUGACGAUAGGUCAAUCGGAAAUGAAAUUACAAGUUCUCGAUGCGGACUGGAAACGUGGAGUUUAUCAUCUGAAUUAAGCACUGGAUCAUCAUCACCCAUUUAUGGGAAAAAUAUUGAUAAUGAUAGCUUUGGAAAUCAAUAUAUUCUUGACACAAUGGCCCAUCAUGAUGAGGAUGAAAUGUUCAUUUCUUUCACAGGAAAUCAAUUUGAAUCAACUCUAGAUGACAAUGAAAUUGGUUAUAUAAGUCGCUUUAAUUUAAUCAAAAAAUAUAUCGAUAAUCCAGAUAAUUUCGAUGUGAAAGAUGCAAAGAAAUCAGAUGGCAUAAACCAGUCGACUGAAAGACAAAAGGCUGGAAAAGACAAUAUUUCAACAAAUCAAAUAGAUGCAACUAAUCAUUUGACUCAUGCUAUUAACUCUCAGUCCAUAAACCAAAGAAGAUCAAUUGAUUAUAAACAUUAUCAACCAUCAGCUCAAUCAUUAUCAUCAUUAACCUCAACAUUGCCAACCUCUUACUCUGAAAUGUGUUCAUCUGAUGAUGGAAUGUCUUCGGCUUCCGUUUCUUCGAUAAUGUUCAUUGAAUCACCUAAUCAGGGAAGGCGAAAGUCUGUUGAUCGUCGAUUAACCAAAGGUAUCACGGAACGUGAUGAUCAAAGUCACUACGGAAACAAUGUUGCUAAUAAUAAUAACUUUAUGAUGAUGAAAGGAUCCAUCAGAGGAAGCUGCAAUAAUAUUAAUAAAAUGAUUCAACCAUCUAAUGGAAUCAGAUUAACUCGUCAGAAUCCAGUUCAGAAAAGAUAUUUUCCAAAUGGAUUAAUGACAAUUGCCUGAAAAAAAAGAUGCAACCGGAAUUGGAACUAGAUAAUGAAAAAAUAUGAGCCAAUCUUAGGCUCAAAAUUAUUUUUUUGUAUUAUACAAGUCAAACAAAAGAAAUUAUGGAUUACCAGAAUGUACUUUUGCCUAAUUAUUUCCAUCAUUUUUUUCCUGCAAAAAAAUGAAUUAAUCUGAAUCAUCCAGAAUAUCUAGUGAACCAAGACUAACAAGUUGACUUUACAGAUUCAUUAUCAACUUAUUUUUUUGUAAUUAUAACAUUUAUAGCGCAUUGUAAUUUGAUUUGGUGUUAAUUUAAUUUUGGAUCUCAAAUGAACCUUUUGCUCAAAACUAUCAUGGAUGAUGAUAAAGCAAGUUAGAUGUAAGCCAAUAAAUUGUUCACAAUUGUCCAAUAA